UUCAGUGAAACAUUUUACAUUUAAUUCGAUGGAAGAAUAAUGGAGAGUGCAUACAUCCUAGAGUGAAACCAGAAGUAGUUCAACGCCCAUGAAAAAUAUUCUUCAACCCUCGUUAUGGAGACCAUAAAAUUAAUGAAGUAAUUGAUAAAGGCAGCCUCAGAAGGUCCAGCAAACUCUAACAUCAACAGAUUUCAAUUAGAUGCACGCUUGGCACUGAGUGACUACAAAGACCGGGGCGAUGCCUUACUAGGUAACCUACGAAUGAGAUUGGAUGGAAUUGGGGCUUUGAAAAGUGGCUUGGCUCGUUGCUCCGUCCCCAGAGAAAUGCAUUGGAAAGAGCGAGUGAGAGAGAUGGGAAUAGGGGAUGAAUUCGGGUGCCGCUGGUGCCCCUUGAAAAAGGGCGGGCCACAACUACCACGGACCCCAAACGAAAAACCAACCCCUGGGUGGAGUUACAGCCGGUAUAUAUUCCCCCUCGGACCCCACAGGCCCCAGAACUCGAGGCAACAUCGAGUCGCUAGGGUCACAAUCUGAAAAAGUGUUGGAAAAAAAAUUAACUCUCUGUCAUCUUCGCCUGUGGACGUCAGCAACGAAACUUGACCUCCAACUUGGACCGCAAACUGGCUUUCUAUUGGAUUAUAGUGUACUGUGAGACGUGAAGACUGUUGAGUUUUAUUCAAGAAGUGAUUUUAGUUGAUGCCGUACAACGUCAAGUAUUCAAACAUGUCAAGAAGUUUCCUUGUGGAUUCCCUUAUUGGGAAUAACUCACCACCAACGUAUCCACUUCCCUAUUAUGGCAACCAACUACCAAACUACAUGUUCAACUUUUUCAAUCUGGGUCUGGGAUAUCAGCCAGUGAGACCUGUACCAAGGCCACCAGCUUUACCUGUACCAAUACCGCUGAGCCCACCAGCUGUCAUAGGUCUUCCAUUAUCUGGUCAAAGUCCACCGUCACCUCUCAGUGCCUCGGUCACCAGAAUAUCAGAAUUACCAUCAACAAACGACUCAUCAUCCAGAAAUAGUACACCCACGCCACCACCAGCAUCACCAAAUUCUCUGAACAACAGCUCAAAGAGGAUUCGUACAGCAUUUACCAGUACCCAGUUGCUGCAGCUUGAGCAAGAGUUUGCCAACAAUAUGUACCUCUCGCGUUUACGGCGGAUUGAAAUAGCAACAAAAUUAAAACUAUCGGAGAAACAAGUGAAGAUUUGGUUUCAAAAUCGUCGCGUUAAGUACAAGAAGGAAGAAUUACCAACGGGACAAACUUCUAAGUGCUGUUGUUUGCGAACUUGUGGUAAGAGAAAGGACGACUGCGGUGAGGAAUCGAGCAAGUGUGACAAUGAUAGUACACUGAGGGAUGAUUCUGAGGAGGAGGGUAAGAGAAAUGCCGAUGAGAGGGAGGAGAUUGGUGAUAGCAAGGAGUUGGAAGUUAAGAAGGAGAUGAGGACAUCGCCUGUAUUCGAGGCAAGUUUUCCAAGGUUACCCAGCUUCUACGAUUAUCCGGGACAGGGGGAUGCAAGCGAUUUCUGCGAUCUCUCAUCGAGAAAACGUCGGGCUGAUCAUUUAGAGCCUUAUAUCACGCAUAUCAGUAAAAAACCUAAUAUCAGAGGCGGCUCUUGCACCGAACACACCGUUGAGAACAUCGUAAACUCAUAAAUUUUAUUAUAAAAGACUGUUAACAUCAAAUUUGACAAUACUCAGUGAAACCCCAGUUGUGUAUAUAUUUUCUAUAUUAUGUGAAUGAUUCAGAUGAACUUAAAGACUGUAUUUUUAGAUAUAUUUAUAACUACAUAAGACUAAGAAAGAUUUAAGGGAGAGCUCGGGGCACAUUUACAACUCGACAGAUCUCAGUGAAAAAAGUACUUCUUGUAAGAAAUUAAUGGCAAAUAAAAUUUUUAUAAAUGGCCGCUUUAUUACUCUUGUAUUUUAUGUAAAAUAUAAAAUAUGGACAAGUCAUUGGCCAUUCAAAAUAUGUCCCCGCUCUUCGUUAAUGAACUAGAAAAUUAUGAAUAAUGUAUGUAUAUUGAAAAUACCAGAAAGACUGUAUAUUUUGUAAUAUUUAUCAUGAGAUAAACAUGAGAAUACAUUGAAUUCAUUGAUAUGAAAAUACGUAUGGCAAAGUUUUCGUAUGGUAUUUACCUGCAAUAAAACCAAUGGAUGAAAUUCCAGUGGAUGAAAUGGGGUAAUUUUUUUUAUUCACACGUUUGACAUGGCAGACACGAGCAUCAAUAUUAAAUUCUUCGCGGGGGAAAAUUCCAAAUAUUUCUCUUUGUAAAUUCUCUCGGUCAUGAUAGAGCAUAAGGAUUUUUCAGUUUACCCUAAAUCGCUAUUCUCUCGAUCACCUAAAAUGUUGAGGUUCACUUUUUUUAUGGCCGCUGAGGGUGGAAGAGAACAUUUUCAGAGUGAGUCGUGAAGGUAGAGGGGUGGAAUGGGGGAAUAGAGAAUCUAUGUGGGUGGAGAGAGUAUUUGAUGCGUUGAAACGUGUUAUCUCCGUGGGUGGUGGGCCAAAGCGUUCAAAUUUGUUCUGAUUUUCCUCACACCUCGGGCUUCAUGCCCGUGAUAAAGUGGUUUUCCGCUGUUUUCAGUAAAAUUGUGCCGUAUUUUCGGAAGAUUGAAGGGGUUAAGGGAAUAGCUCAGUAGUAGAAUGUGGCUUUCUGCGUUUUUCCGUUUGCAGGAGCUCGAGAAAACAAUAUU